AUGACCUUGGCCCCAAGCUACGCGAAAUCCUCUGAAUAUAUGCUUUUCCAACUAAAUCAAUUUCCCGAUGCUAGCUUCUCUACCUGUAAGAGCUUCUGCUUAGCCCAACAGGAAAACAUUCCUGUUUAUAGUUUUGGCUUUACUUCUCAUGCUUGUUACUGCUAUAACGAGCCAGUAUUAGAUGCAGUUGACCCCGACUCGGACCUGGUAGCUAUAAAUUAUGAUAUGUCCUGUGAUUCUGCAGACGAGGAUAACUCCCAGCCUGUCAAGCGGGGAUUCCAGGAGCGUGCUGUCAAGGCUACACCCGUCCCAAGCUAUCUGCCAAAUAAAACGCCUAGUGUCGUCAGCAGUGCCUGUUCUUGCUUAAUCACCAAACCUGCUUCUCGUCAGACCUUGACUGUUUUUGAUAAUCCUACAACUAUCGAAACCACGAUGACGACAACGAAGGUGGUGACGGUCAACAAGAAGAAGACUACUCUUGCUACUACACGUCAGACUGUUACUUCAACAGUGUUGACCACUUUGAUAGCGACAGGAACUCAAACUGCAACCAGAACUCAGCAUACAACCAGUACUAUUACCAAGCCGGUUACUGUGUUUAUUACAAACUUCAAUACUGUUACUGUAAUACAGACUUCUGUCUCUUCCACAGUCAAAACUGAUACUAUCCCUAUUACGAAGGUCAAUACUGUCCCUUGGACUCGCCUUAGCACUAUUUUUGUUACCAAUGGAGUCACCACUACGGUCAUUCGAACUGCCACGUCCCUGCGAACCGUCACGUCUACUUUUACGCAAGAAGGAUCUAUCAGUACUUAUGUCGGCGAAAUCACAAUCUGGGGCACAGUAGAACCCAAUACCACGACGGAAGAUGCUACAACUACAAGUUCGAGUAUACGGUCGAUUAUACCUUCUCCAAAUUCAUCUUUUAGCACGUCUAUGGAGACACCAGGCAUAACUCCAAGUUUGAGUACAUCUAUGAGCAAAGCUGCCACAACUCCAGGUCCGAGUACGUCCACGACUACUCCGAGUUGGAAGCUGCUGGACAACAAUGCUGCGGCCGCCAAAAUUGUGGUUGACGGCCCCAAUCUCUAUGAGCUCCAUACAUCUGGUUUUAUCUGGACCUACACAGGUACUCCCAUCACUGGUUGGCGACUAUUGGACAACAAGGCUUCAACCACCAAGAUUGCCGCCUCAAAAGGUAAUCUCUACCAGCUUCGCAAUACUGGGGAGAUUUUCAAGUACACCGGCACUCCAGUCACGGGCUGGCAGUUGAUAGACAAUAACGCUGCCGCUCUCGAUAUCGUAGCCAGCGGUAACGACCUGUACCAACUCCAUAAAUCAGGUUUCAUCUAUAAGUAUACAGGCACUCCUGUAACUGGAUGGCAACAGUUGGGCAACAGCAUGGAUACUAAGAAGAUUGCCGCUUCCGGGGGAAAUCUCUACCGGCUUGACAAUGGCGGCCUUAUCUGGAAGUAUAAUGGAGUGCCCCUCACUGGAUGGGAUAAGCUGAGAGCCAACUCAGACACCACCGAUAUUGUGGCACGAAAUGCUGAUCUCUAUGAGCUUGAUAACUCUGGAAGUAUUUGGCAAUAUACUGGCGUUCCGAUAACCGGCUGGAGGCAACUAGAUAACAACUUUCGGACAAAGCAGAUCGCAGUCGGGGCUGGGGGGUUGUAUCAGAUUCAUAACACCGGAAACAUCUGGCAAUAUACCGGCACGCCCAUCACUGGUUGGAAGCUACUGGAUGGAAACACUUCCUCCACCUACAUCACGGCAGGAGACUCACUCUACCAGCUUCGCAACACAGGUUACAUUUUACAGUACACUGUGUAG